CUUGUCUGUUGUGCUCUUUUAACUUUUAGUCAGUGUUCUGCUCCUUUAAGUUAGUCUUUAUUCUAGUUUGAGCUAGUGUUUUUGUUACUUUAAGUUUUUAACAGGUGUUUUUGCUCCUUUAAGCGGUAAGAAGUUAAUUUCAGCUUAUUCAGACUUUAUCAUCAAACUGUGAAGUUCUCCAGAAGUUUCUGCUCCUGUCCUCCUCCCUGCAGUGGGAGGGUUUAGUCAAAUCACCGGGCACAUAAAUCAGAUUUGGCCCGGCCUCCAGCUGAGUCCUGCAGGAUGUAGAUCCUGUGAGGGGUCUGAGGAGCAGCUCUGGGUCUGACAGCAGCUGGCAGAGGAACAGAGGAGAGCUGUUUUUCUUCACGGUUCGRUGUAAAAGAAGAGGAGCUGCAGAGGCAGGAGCCUGCUCUCAUGCUGGGAGUUUGAUCGCGGUGAAGCGCCGGUUGCCUUGCAGCCACGAUGGACCAGGGACGGACGGUUAUCAUGGCCCCGCCGGUGCCGCCGCACAAACCCAAAGCCGCGCGGCCGGGCCAGGCGCAGGAGCGGCUGCUGAAGUGUGUCCUGCUCGGUGACGGAGCGGUGGGUAAAACCAGCCUGGUGGUCAGCUACACAACCAACGGAUACCCGACCAGAUAUGUCCCCACCGCCUUUGAUAACUUUUCUG